UAAGAGGAAACGCAAUGGCGGCCGUUCGACAGUUCUCUUAUAAGUUUACAGAGAAAAUUGACCAAAAAAUGUGAUCUGUGAGUGGCUGAGAGGUAAAAACGAAUCAAGUGCCAAGAUCAGAAAGGUAGUGCAAGGAAAGGUGAGCUGAUGUGAAAUGAAUUUACCUGAGGAUGGAUGCACAUGGUGGGACAGAAAUGAAAACGAAUGGAUGAUCAAUUGAAUGAAGAAGCUACGAAUGGUAGACCAGGGAAGCCGAAGGAGGCAGGAAAGAAAAACCGACGGUGGAAGGCAGCGGUGGUGAAGGAGGAAGGAAUGAGUGAGUGAUGAGUGACACUCGGCAUCAGCUUCACUCGGUAUCGGAUUUGUAUGCAGCCGACGAGAUAGAAGUCCUGCUACUCGAGGAAAUUCGUGACUUAGAACCACCACCUUCCGCAUACUCUAGACCCGAGGAUAUACAGGAUUUUGAGAUUGCGGGCAGUAGGACAGGGGGGCGCACCAGCUCCCAGUCAUCGGAGCUGGAGUCGCCGGGAGUCCACUCCACAGUCCACUCAUGGGACUCUCAUGCCAAUUACCACGGGCACUAUGAUGGUGACCACAAUAGACAUGGUUCCGCUUCAAAUCCAGCUCCUUGGGCACAUUCCAGUCAUUUGGUUUUGUACUGUGAUCUGCAAGGCCACCUUCGGACCGCCACUGGGGUUAUCAGGCUCAUGCUGCUUAUAUCCUCAGCAGCAUGCCUGGUUACACUCUGCAGUUCUGGGACUGCGAAAGUUAGUCUUUUUAUGCUACCAUUGGUUGGUAGACUCCGACUUAUGAUUUUUGUAGCUGUGUUUUGUCUAUUGGUUACAUCGCUACUUCUCUUCCUCGAUAUUUCACAUGUUAUUUAUGUUUUUCCCUUCAAUUGGGCCAAACUGAACGCAUGGAUGUUUGCUGGCAUGGGCUUGUCCUACGUAACAGCUAGUGCGUUGCUAGUCUGUUCCGUAUGGGAAUACAGUGGAGGUGCCAGCGGUUGGGUACCACGUCGUACACGUUCUCAACUGGCGGCAGCUGCUGGGCUUGGACUGGCAUGCGCCUUGCUAGCGCUUCUGCUUUCCUGGCUUCAUCUUCGAAGUAGUUCUAAUCGUAAAGGCCACGGUAGUCGCAGUCACACACCGACGCAGCUUUACAGGCCUGUCGACAACUCUUCGUCUUCAGGGGUAACGCUGAAAGAACGAAGUCCGAAAAGACCACCGCCAUGGGUAGUGAGGAACCAACAACGAUCGGACAAAGUUAAUGCAAAUAGUGACAGUAGGAGCGAAAAUGGUAAUAAUGAGUUCAAAGGUCGUAAUAAUAAGAAAGAUCACUGGGCAUCGGCAAAGCAGCACUUUCUUCACUCCCAGGACGACGAAGAGGAGGAAGAAAAUCGCGUGAGUAAAGAAGCAAAGGAAAGAGAUAAGAGAAGAAAAAGAAGAAAAAAUGGGGGUAGUUCCUCCGCUGGAGUUGGGGUGGGUGGUGGAAGCUCUGAUAAUAAUGAAUAUGGUGUUAGUGGAGGUGAAGCUGGUUCGGCAGGACUCGGAAUACCGCCGACGAAUACUCGAUGCGUUCCCCGCAAGCUGCCGCUUAAAUCUUUGAAUAACGGAAGUCAACAGAAACAAUCUUCGUCAGGAAUGGGUGAAGCAGCUAGAUCCAAACAGAUGGGUGUUAAAACACUUGUGAACAGUGACUUAAAAAAUUAUUGGGAAUUGGGUAACCCCCGCACAGAGUUAACGAACAAUAGCUCUCGCCGAAUUAACCAAGGUGUAUCUCCGGGUGAAAUUAUUCAAACUGAUGGUAAAAUUGUACUACCAACUGGGUGGGCGAAUCAGUGGCAAACGGCCGUAGACGAUGUCCAACCUUGUUCCAGUAAGGCUCUUGAUCCGUAUCCAUUCCCUUGAUUUUAUUCAGGAUAUAACUGGAUCGCUAAAAUUGUGAAUUCGUGUUCCAUGGUGAUGAUUCAGACUUUGAAGAGAGCCAUUUGCAGACAUGGCUGGCUUGUCACGCUGUGACAUAUGUAUCGCCAAAGCUCAAGUUCAUAAAUCUUGGGAAAAGUGUUGGAUUUGAAUUUAAAAUUAGCGGUAUUGCUCUGUUUUACAUAAUCUGGUAUCAUUCAUUAAUAAAAUGAAUUUUUUUUUUUGCAGAUGUGAACUAAAAACAAUGAGAAAAAGCCACUUGGGCUUAUAAGCUUCAAUAGUACAGCCGUUCGUGUAUUACAACCUUAUUUACUAAUCGAGGUGAAAAUUACAACCAAUGACUUGCGAUUAUGUGCCCGAUUAAGAUGGUUUUUUUUGAAAUUAGUUUUAUUAGAUCCAAUACUCGUUCCCACAUCAUGAAUUACAAACUGUAGUAUUACUAUUGCCGACUGUUAUGACCAUUUUACAUGUAUCCAAAUACAUCUUAUCUCGAAAGAGUGAUAAUAAGCAAAUUUUUCUCAUUAGAAAUUAGGUUUCCUCAAAUGUAGCAAUUGAUUGAAAAAUUAUUUAUUACAUUAGAUAUAAGCGACGAAGAUAAUGAACUAAAAGUAAAGAGUCGAAGGAUUAGGGGAACAGUUGAUCGAUUUUGGUCUUUCCAUUUUGAUUGUUAGUAACGAAUAUUGAAAUGGUCAUGUCCAAGCGAUUUGGAUUUUUUGUAUAAAGCUGCCAUGCCUUGUACAUUUUGCUACCAAGAAGAUUCAUCCCCUUUGUUCAGAUCGUACUCAACAAGUCGAAAUGAGAUUUAAAAUUGAGACUAUAUGAUCAUAUUAUGUAAUACAUUUGUAGCAGUCUCGUGUACGAGUUCGGAUAAUUAUCACAAGAUCAUAUUAGGUGAUUUAGUUCAAAGCUGUGUAAGAAAUAUUGAAUUAGAAGUGGUAAUUUCAUUUGCAAUUAUGAAAGCAUUAAUUAUUGACUUUGACAAUUAUUCUAGUCCGUUUACUUAACGUUUUUAUGCUCAUGUCAUAUUUUCCAGUCACUAGUUUUUUAAAGUUAUUACAUAAAACUCCAUUAAUUUUAGUGCACAACAGUAUACUCGAGAUUUACUUAUAAGCACUUUGUAGCGUGCAAAUAAUAUGUUUGAGGUAUUUUCUGAAUUAAUUAUUGACUUUGUCAAUUACUCUAGUCCAUUUACUUAACGUUUUUAAGCUCAUGUCAUAACUUCUAGUCAUUAGUUUGUUCAAGUUACUAUGUAAAACUCCAUUCAUUUUAGUGCACAACAGUAUAGUCGAGAUUUACUUAUAAGCGCUUUGUAGCGUGCAAAUAAUUUUUUUGAGGUAUUUUCUGUAUAAAACAAUGCAUUCCUUAUUGAAUAAUUAGUAAGAUUUCAAACAUACGUCAUUAACGUAAAAAAAUUUCACAAAUUCUAUUUGAUACGUGGAAAAGCUGUUGUCGUACAUCUUUGAUAACUCAAAGAUUUUUGCUUACGGCAUCAGAUUAGAAAAGUAAACUAUUUUUUUAGUACAUACAUAUCGUAUUAGAAGUACAAUCUGCAUAUAGCUGUCGGAGUAUUAUUUCUUUGACUUUUCAACUGAAUCGAUCGCAUUAAAAAGUUUGAAACCUUUCUGCCAUUCUUGGGUGACAGGGUACUUUAAACAUUAGAUUAAAAAGAAAAAAGGAAUAAAACACCCUGAUGCAUAUUCAAUUAAUCAUUUCUUAUUCUCUCGUGUAUUUCGUGAGCUAUUCACAUUUGGCAUAUGAAUAAAACCAUUAUUUCAACUGUUAAUCUUGGUAAAAUAGUUUGACAUUGAAUUAAAUAGAGUAAGAAACGUGCGUGUUCAUUUAGGGGUAUAAUGGGUAAUAAGCUGAUAUAUUUCAAUAUGUUACGUCUAUUACGUGCGAAUUUGAUAUUACACUGUAACUUUAAUAAUUAUAAUUAGUUUUGCAGAAACAAAUAUAUUUGGCUGCUGUAAUUUAAAUAUUAAUUCGCACGGCAGAGGUGUGAUUCGGCGUGACUUUAAUUAUUCAUGAGUAGCAAUUCGUGGAAGCACAGCAACCGUUCUCAAGUCAAAACCUAGUCUAGAAGCUAAGUAAAGCUUUAUUACCUCUUGAUAUUCGAUACACGAAUUUACAAAAAGCGUGUAUAUUGCACACAAGCAACGUGAGAUCACUAACACUGCCAAUUUAAAACACAUUUCAGUUUUAUAAAAUUGGGAACAACUUGUGAGGGUUUCCUAGUUUCUCAGUAAAUAUUCAGCGGUUGGAGGAUACUUCUUGAAAGUAUUGAGAUCAACUUCGCUAAUUUGGAGUGUUAAAUUUGCUAAGUCUAAUCAAAUUUCUCUCGAUAAGUUUUCACAAUUCCAAACCUAAUUAUUAAAGGCUGUUUUCGAAGCCCUUUUUACGCAAUAUGAAGAUUAUUUCAUUAUUCUAUAGCAAUGCCGUCUCACUACAGUCAAGGUUGUUUGAACUAUUUUAUUAUAUUACUAUAGUACUAAAGUAAAUAUUACGUUACAAUCUUAAUUGUAAGAUUGCACUAUAAUUUGCGUAAUACUUUGAAUAGUGAGAAAAGAAUUUUUUCCUUAUAAAUCAGUGAGUGGCGUUUGCCAAUUAUUACUCUCGAGUCUUAUAGUAUUGUAUUUGUCAUAAAUCGCAACUUCAACGCACAAUAAACUAAUUGUAAAUAAAAUAAUUAUUUGUCCUCGUAGCGUGCUAAUGGACGAGUACUUUAGCAAUAAUUUUCAAUUGAAGUUAUUAAAUUUAAAAUACCGGUACCUUGUCUGCUAAUAAGGUGUAAAGACACUAAUAUGACAAUCUAAACUACUUAUGUCUAUAUUGUAUAAACGCAAAACUUACCUUAUUUCUCAUUAUUUUUAUUAUCGAAUAAAAAUUAAAGGCCAUUUUAUUUUCUUGCACAAUUGACAUUGGUAGUUACAUUUUUUUUUAUCUUCUUAUCAAACUUUUUCGUAUUUAACCAGAAUGAUCCGCUGGCACGGACGUUGGUUCUUUUUUACAUAAUCCUACAAUCGUGGUACUCAAUAAUUUAUACUUACGAACUAGUUUUUAUUUUUAUUUUUAUAAUUUAGACGAACGCACACAUUUAACGUUUUGCAAUUCACGCGAUUGCUUUUACACAUUCGUCAUCCCAAAAUUCAUUGUCGCAUUCGUGGUAUAGUAAAUUUUUUCUCGUGCGAGUUUGCGACCACUAAAGAUAUCUAUCAUGAAAUCGUCCUAACUGUUAUUUUCAAAGUGACUUAGAAUGUGAUUAAGUUCUGAUUUCUGAUAUUUUAAAAAUGUUAAUUGGCCUAUCAACAACGAAGGUGACGAAAUUAAUUGAAAACGAAGUUACUAUUAGUUUGACUUAUUUCUUCUAUACUUAAUACAUACUUUCAUAUAGAGUCAAAAACAUUGAUUGUUACAAAACUUCAUUUGCAAUAUAAACUAUAGUAAUGGAAUAUAAAUAUCAACAUGGUGCAUACAGCUGGGUCGAGGUGGCUUAAAAACUUUCGUCAUAAAAAAAUGUGUAUAAUUUUCUUGUUUCCCAUUUAAGAAAAGAUCUGUUAGUCGUGUGUAAUUUCCCUGGUGGAAUGAGAAGAAUCUUUACCGUCGAUUAUUAUACAUACGUACACGAUACAUAUUUUUAAAUUUUCUCAGACAUGAAAUUUCUUAUGUACAAUACGUUUUAGCUAUCAAUAAUAUGCCGUUUGAAUUGUAUCAUUUAUAACAAUACAAACAGAAGAGGAGGGGGGAUAGUAAUUUAUAUACAUGUAGAGCAAUGCAAUCGUCACUGUACAGAUUUGAUGUAUGAAAUAGAAAGUUUAUUAUUAAAGAGUGCGAAGGAUAUUAUUAUAUGAAUAGGAAAUGUAUUAGUAUUAUUAUACCAAGAGAACACGUGUAAUGUAACAAAACUAUGUACAUUAAUAAUUGUUAGUUAUGAUGAUUAAAUGCGGUCACAUUAAAUCUGAAUAAGUACGACUACUGUAAUCUUCUCGUAUAAACGAUCGGAAAAAUAUUGUCACAAUGGUUAUGCAAAAAUACAGAGUCACCUACUAUUCAUCAUCUGAGUAUAAUUACUGCUGUAAUU